AUGCUAUCCCAAACUACAAGGGAGGAACCUCAACAGUCAGUCGAGCAACCCAGUGACUCCACCCGCAUGUCCACAUCUUUCAUUAAAUCACACUAUGUUUUAAUUGUCCUGUGUAUUGUUUUACUUGGUAUAAUAUUUCAUCUUCGUCACAAGAUAGGAGAAUUGCUCGAUAGAUAUAGAACUAGACGCAGAAUCCAACAAGGUUAUUAUCAAAACUUGGGUUCGUUCGAAGGCGAUGUCAAUGACGGAUUGAGCAGUUUAAAUUUUGAUUUGGAGGCUAACAAUCUGAAUGAUACAAGGAAGGGGUUGAGUGAAGCUGCAAAAGAAGAGAUAAAAAAGAUUAUGAACACUAAAGGUGUUGGCUUUGAUGAGGCUAGAUUAGAAUAUACAAGAAGUGAGUUGAACAAAAAUGAUAUAGAUGAAAACGGUUUACCAAGGGAUCCCAAAUUGGUGGUGUUUUGA